AUGGAUCUAGAAUCCCCAGCUAAGCCUGGAGAUCCAAAGGUCACCAGCCAGAGGGCAGGAUGGAGAAUGCUCAUCUUCCUCCUGAUGUGCCUGCUCCAGGCCGCCAGUGCACUGAAGGGCCCACGGCUGGUGUCCGGGGAGCCUGGGGGAGCUGUGACCAUCCGGUGCCGGUACCCCCGCUUGGCCAUCAACAGCCACCAGAGGAAGUACUGGUGCCGCCUUAGGCCCCCAACGGGGGUCUGCCGCACCAUCGUGUCCACCAGCCACUACACGCACCUGCGCUACCGCGGCCGCGUGGCCCUCACAGACUUCCCGAAAAGAGGCUUGUUCGUGGUGAGGCUGUCCCAGCUGACCCCGGAGGAUGAGGGGCGCUACCGCUGCGGCCUCGGGAGCUCAAACAACGUGCUUUUCUUCAGCAUGAACCUGACGGUCUCUCCAGGUCUUUCCAGAACCAUCCCCACAGCCACUCUGGCCUAUGGUGAGCUCAUCACAGGAUCCUUUGAAAUAGCAUCACCCCCAGCAGCCAAAAGAUGCACACGAGGAAACACCCAGACGACAGGAAGACAGAGGACAGGAUGGGAUACGGUUGCCCUGACUCCAGGAGCCAGGAAAACCACGGCUUCAGCCACGGGAGGGCAAACCCCAGGAGCAGCUGCGGUACUGGCUCCCGGGACAGGCAGCCAGGCAGAGGGCUCCGUCUGGGCAACUGUGCCCACUGUGCAGACUCCGGCUUCAACAGUCAGAGGCAGGACCGGUGCUACAGAACGGGGUCUGGUGUGGAGCACCAGCAAUUCAGAAGCAACCAGGGCCAGGGCCAGCAAAAGAGAGAGGGAAACUACUCCUGGGGCUGACAGGCCAAGCGAGGAGACAGAGAGUGUCAGCGCAACACCGGGCACCACUGAGACAGCUGCAGGGAGCAUUAGGCCAUCGACCCUGGCCUCAGAAAGAUGGAUGUGGGAACCCCUCCAAGAGGAGACAUCGGCUUCUGAGCCACAGAGCCUGGGCUCCGUUGAAGGCACCAUCCCGGCUGCAGCUGUGUGGACCUCAGAGCCAACCCGCAUAGAGAUGGCAUCUGCGGAGGGAAGCGGUGACGGCAACCUGGGCACCCCUGCCAGAGACGGUGGUUCACACGUGAUGCCGAGCCAGGCCCUGGCAGCGGGGCCCCUCGGGCCCCCAGCCAGGGAGUCUUCCGUAAAGAGUGCUUCUCUGGAAGAGAAGAACGUCUGCGGGAUCCUGACUCCAGUCUCGUCGGUGCUGUGCCCGCUUAUGCUGGUGACCCUUGUUCUGUGGAAAAGGAAGCUCCAGAGGAAAGAGAGCUCUCAGAAGACAGGAAGGUCAUCAGGGGUCACCUUGAUUCAGAUGACACAGUCCCCGGAGCUGGGCCUCCAGCCAGGCCAGCCACCCCAGGUGGGAAGGAAGAGGCUCCAGGUUGACCCUCCUCCUCUCCACACCAGCCUGAGUCUCCCAGCAAGAGACCCGGGACCGUAA